AAACAAAACCCCGGAAUACGAGCACCGGCUUCCCUCCUCUCCCGUCUCCUCCCCCUCCUCCACUUCUCUCGUUCGUCUCCUACCUCCCUCUCUCUUCCCCCGCUCCGGCCGCCUCCGCAGGCGCCGCGCCUGCUGCUCGCCGGCGCGCGUCGCGGCCGCGGCGAGCUCGGGAGGUGCGGAAUUCGGGCGCCGCUCGUGCUGGUUUCGAAUCGGAGGGAGAGGGGGAAGCGGAGGAGUAAUAAUUGGGAGGCUGUUGGGGGGAGUGUAACUUUGGGCAUUAAUGGCCGGGUGGUGAGAGACGCCAAGGGAAGGGAGGGCUCGCUCCUGUGGUGCUGGUGGUGGCGCCCUGUGUUACCUGCGUAGCUCUGCCUCUGCGCCCCCCCCCCCCCCCUCGCCUUUAUUGCGUUUAAUUUCCCUCCGAAUUCCAGCGCUUCCGCCUCCUCCCCAAUCCCAUCGACACCUGUAACGCGGAGUGGCCAUGGAGGGCGGCGGCGCCGGCAUCGGGAGGAGGAGGAGGCGCUCGAGGUGAUGGUGCGCGCGCGCGGGCUCUGGGCGCUGCUGCUCGUUGCGCUGGCGGCGGCGGCGGCGGCGCCCGGGGCGGUGCUGGCGCAGGGGAAUCUGACGUCGCGGUCGGAUCUCCGGGGGCUGUACGCGCUGCGGGGCUCCCUCGGCCUCCGAGCGCGGGACUGGCCGCGGCAUGCCGACCCCUGCGCGGCGUGGGCGGGCGUGGGCUGCCGCGGCGGCCGCGUCGUGUCGCUCACGCUCGUCGGGCUACGGCGCACGCGGCUGGGCCGCCUGAAUCCGCGCUUCCAAGUCGACGGGCUGCGGAACCUCACUCAGCUCGAGGUCUUCAACGCGGCGGGCUUCGGGCUCCCCGGCUCCAUCCCGGCGUGGCUCGGCGACGGGCUCGCGCCCACGUUCCAGUCCCUCGACAUCUCCGCCUGCGCCGUCUCGGGGGAGAUCCCCGCCUCGGCGCUCUCCGGCCUCGGCAACCUCACUACACUCAACCUCGCAGGGAACAAACUCUCGGGGCCCCUCCCGGCCGCCGCGCUCGCGGGGCUCACGCGGCUCAGGACCCUCAACCUCUCGGACAAUGCCUUCUCGGGCGCGCUACCUGACGCGGUCUGGUCGCUCUCGGUGCUCAGCGUUCUCGACAUCUCUCGGGCCAACCUCACCGGCGCAUUGCCCACGACAGGGCUUGCGCUGCCAGCCAAUGCGCAGGUGGUGGAUCUGUCGGGGAACCUCUUCUAUGGCAUGGUACCGGAGGCCUUCCGCCGGCUGUUCGCUGGGGUGCUGCUGGCCAAUAUCUCUGGGAACUACUUUGACGGCAAGCUAAAUGUGACCGAUGGUGGUGGUGGGAAUGCGUCGUUUGAGUUGAAUUGUUUCCUUGACGUGCCUGGACAGCGUACCCAGGCCGAUUGCCAGCAGUUCUAUGCCAGGCGUGGGUUGCCCUAUGAUGGGCCAGUCAACCCACCCGCGCCGCAGCCUGAAUCUGCACCGGCAAGGAAGAAGAAGCACAAGAAACUGAAGUACAUACUGAUUGGGGCCAUUGGCGGAGGCCUCCUGCUGGUAGGUGCGCUUGCAGCCCUUGUGUUUUGUUUUGCGUAUUCUGGGAGGAGGAAGCAUGACCAGAGGGAAAGUGGGGCAACGCCAAGUGCGCCAUCGGGAGUGGCAGCUACCGCCGCGGUUGGAGCUUCUGGUGGCACACAGCCUUCUGCAUUGUCUGCAAACACGGCGAAAGUUGGCGAUUCAUUUGCUUAUGACCAACUUGCCAGUGCGACCUCAGGAUUUGGGGAAGAGAGGCUUAUCAAGCACGGUCACUCAGGUGAUCUGUACCAUGGGGUGCUCCAAGAUGGAACUGCCGUGGUGGUGAAGAGGAUCACGGCGCGCGUGGCUCGUAAGGAUGCAUAUCUGGCAGAACUAGAUUUGUUUGCGAAAGGAAUGCAUGAAAGGCUGGUUCCAUUCCUGGGGCAUUGUCUUGAUAAAGAAGAAGAAAAGGUUCUUGUGUAUAAGUUUGUUCGAAAUGGUGACUUGUCAAGUGCACUGCACAGAAAAUCAAGGGAUGACGAUGAGGGCAUGCAAUCUUUGGACUGGAUAAAGAGGUUGAAGAUUGCAACAGGGGUGGCUGAGGCUCUUUGCUACCUGCACCAUGAGUGUACUCCACCGAUGGUUCACAGGGAUGUGCAAGCCAGCAGUGUCCUUCUUGAUGAUAAAUUUGAUGUACGCCUUGGCAGUUUGAGCGAGGUGUGUCCUCAAGAAGGGGAAGGACACCAAAAUGUCAUCACAAAGCUGUUGAGAUUUUCUUCGACGGCGGAUCAAGGUUCUUCUGGUUCUCCAUCUGCAACUUGCUCAUAUGAUGUCUAUUGCUUUGGAAAAGUUUUACUGGAGCUGGUGACAGGAAGACUUGGCAUUAGUGCAUCAAAAGAUGCUGCCACAAGUGAAUGGCUUGAUGCCACCCUGCGGUGUGUCAAUAUUUAUGAGAAGGAGCUUAUGAGCAAAAUCAUCGAUCCAACGCUUAUCAUUGAUGAGGAUCAUUUGGAGGAAGUCUGGGCAAUGGCGAUUGUUGCCAAGUCCUGCUUGAAUCCGCGGUCUUCCAAACGCCCGCCGAUGAAGUACAUUCUAAAAGCACUAGAGAACCCCUUGAAGGUGGUCCGGGAAGAUAACGGUUCCAGCUCGGCCAGGUUGAGAGCUACAUCAUCACGGGGUUCAUGGAAUGCCGCACUCUUUGGUAGUUGGCGGCAUAGCUCGUCUGAAAUAGGUCCUUCAAGGGAUGACAACAUUCUGAAACGAUCAGAGACAAUCAAGUCAUCUGGUGGGAGCAACGGUGAUCAUUCUUCCUCCCGCAGGAGGCAAUCCAAGGAGAUCUUCCCUGAGCCUUCUGGCUCUCGUGACACCGAGGAUUAGUGAUAAAGGAGGACCUUUCUUUCUGAUCCUUACGGUAAAAGGGUGGUCUCCAUGAAGGGCUAUGUUGGAGCUCCGCUGGCAACUUCUGAUAGAAUUCAUUCGUCCAAAAAGUCAGGAAUGUGAAUUAUCUCUUCUUGUCAAUGGCUACACAUCAGCACUGGCGCCAUGGUAAUCAUUUUUGGGGGAAGUUGCGGAUGGUAUGUAAGGUGGACCUUGGUUGACGACAAUGGCGUGCAGUUGGUGGUGGUAGUCAAGAAUUCUUUCACUGUUGGAAGUCUGGUGUCUCUCUUCUGUCCAUUUUCCUUUUCUUUUCCCUGAUUAAAGAAAGAAUGCGAGCUGAUUCUUUUUCUUCUCCCUACUGUAAUUGAUUGCUUCAUUAUUGAUCAUAGUAGAAAUGUUCGUUUAAUUGAUGCCUGCCAGGCUCUUGUGUUU